AUGAGACCUUCCUUCUGUGCUCUUGGCCUGUUGACAGCCGUCCAGGCGGCCGCCGUCCCGAGCGACAGCACCAACCUGGCUGCCAGACACGACGACAAGAAGCCCGGCAGCCCCUUUACAUUCACCUCGACCUACAGCGUGCUCGCCAAGCCCGAGAAUGUCGUCGACGCUCAAAACAACUUUACUGGCGGCCUGCAGGGCAGCAGCGGCACGUUCAACUUUGGCAUCAACUCGAACGAGAAUGUGAUUUGCUACAACAUCACCAUCACUGGCUUCCGCGGCGACUAUCAGUCUCCUGCCAAGUCCGCCACCCAUAUUCAUGAGGCGGCCGUGGGUCAAUCUGGCCCACCCCGAAUUGCCUUUCCGAACCCAGAAGGCUCUGGCGAGGGCCCCCGACGAAGCAUCGGCUGUAUUACCGGCCCUUUCACUACGGGUGUCAAUGCAAGCGGCAUAGACACUGGCGAGGGCUUCCACGUUCGCCAGAUUGAAGCGAACCCUUCCAUGUUCUUCUCCGAUGUCCACUCUAGCCUCGCUGUCCCUGGAGCUGUCCGUGGCCAACUGGGCGAGAAGAACUACUGCUAG